GGAUGAAAUAUUCGAUCACUUACAGUUCCUAUAUCUAUGAAGUGAUUUCCAGGACUGAUCAAAUUUCAAAAACCAGUCACUCAGAAGAAAUCACAAGAUUACAACACGCAACUUGUCAAAAAUGGUCUACAUCGAAAUUUCAAUCGUGUUUGCACGCGAUAUCAAGUGCGAUUGUAUUACCAGAUACAACGGACUCAGUCACGAAGCCGUCUUCCAACGCCGCUUCAACCCAGAAACCAACGACUUGUACGUCGAUAGUCCAGCCGACAUUCUCGGCACACUAGGCUGCUGCGGCGCUCUCAAAAUCAAAUCUCGCAAUGCGGAAGGCGAGGUGACGAUUGACGAAGGAUCGCAUGUAGUUGCCAUCGACAGCGCAUGCAAAACCACCGGACAGGAAGCUACUCGAGCUGCAUAUGGCGUCUAUCGGGGUGAUACCACACCUUGUAGCGUCUCUAAACUUGUCGACGAGCAUCUCCCGCAGACUACUCAAGUGGCUGAGUUGCUCGCUGUGCGUACGGUUUUCAAACUGGCCGAGUCAGUUUUGGACGCUUAUAUUGCUCGAGGAGGAAGUGACGAGGGGGAACAUAAGGACGCCGCGAGAGUUUCUAAGAUCCUCAUCAUCACUAACUCGGCAUAUAUCGUAGAUGGGUUCGCGGAUUGGAUCUACAAGUGGAAUGAGAACGGAUUCAAGACUUCGACUGGCAAGCCGGUCGUCAAUGCUGAGCUAUUUCAAGAGCUGGACGCCUUGAUUUCGAAGUUCAAUCAGUUUCAUAUUCCUGUUUGGUUCUGGCAUGUUAAGAAAGAACUUAAUGCGUCGGCUGAUGCGUUGGCUCGCAUUCCUCUUUAUGGAGAGCAAAAGGUUCCGGCUUUGGUUCCGUUUGUUAGAGACUACAAGAAGUUUCCUAAGAAGUGUUGAAUGGUGUUUGAUCGAGAGAGCUAGUGAACUAGCGAGAUGGGCAGAUUUUUUUUUUCUCUUUAGGUCGGAUAAGAAUAUUGCAGGACAUUGUGUGCAUUGAGAAAACUUUGUUUGGUUUAUGGUCGAAGAAGUUUCGUAGAGUCAGGAAGCAUGUCGUUGAUGAGCAUUCGUUUGGUUUAAAAUUUUGAUUUCGUACA